AGUCAACGUUUUCCAGUACUUCCGAGAAGUACAUCCCGUUUUGCAUGAGCUAUGUCACGCGCAUGAUCGUCUUACUGUAAAAACUCACAUUAAAGUAUAUGGACCAUGACUAUCCUCCGGAGCCUUGCCGUAAGAACUUUUUCGUCUGCUCGAAGUUUGCGUGCUCUCAGUCCACAACUGGUUGAAGCUCCUGGCACUUUAUCCCGUGCUAUUGGGAGGGAUAAGGCACUCAUGCAGUGCAAUCGUAUGCUAACCCGCAGCUUCUGCUCCACCGAAGCGCCGGGUUCUAAGUCACAAGAGGUGGACCUUAAUCGCCUGGAUGGUGAAAACAAGGGUAUAGUGGAGGUACUGAUGUGUCGUGAGAGGGCACGGAACUCCUUGGGCCGUGUGUUUGUGAGUCAGAUGAGAGAUCUGGUGUCCGUGCUGCACCAUGAUUCAGCUGUUCGUGUUGUGGUCUUUAGGAGUAUGAUACCUGGGGUCUUCUGUGCAGGGGCAGACCUAAAGGAAAGAGCCCAGAUGACCAACGCAGAGGCUGAGCUGUUUGUAUAUGGUCUACGUUCACUCAUGAAUGAGAUAGCCGCACUGCCUAUGCCAACCAUUGCAGCAGUGGACGGCUUUGCUCUGGGGGGUGGGCUGGAGUUGGCCUUGGCGUGUGACCUUCGCACAGCGGCUCACACAGCGCAGAUGGGCUUGAUUGAGACUACACGAGGACUGCUCCCAGGGGCAGGUGGCAGCCAGAGGUUGCCAAGGGCAGUGGGCUUUGCUGUUGCCAAGGAGCUGAUCUUCACAGGGCGUCGUAUAGGGGGUGAGCAAGCUCUUGAGCUGGGACUGGUCAACCGAGCUGUGCCACAGAAUCAGGCUGGAGAUGCAGCUCACAAGGAGGCCCUAGGCCUAGCCAGAGAGAUUCUGCCUCAGGCUCCGAUUGCAGUGCGGAUGGCUAAAGAAGCGAUGAAUCGUGGGAUUGAGGUGGACAUUGCCUCGGGGAUGGCUAUUGAGGGCAUGUGUUAUGCCAGGGUCAUUCCAACAAGAGACAGACAGGAGGGGAUGGCUGCAUUUAUAGAGAAGAGGCCUCCAAGAUACACUGGAGAAUGAAUAUACACAUGCAAAACAUUCCAGUUUUUAACCGGUGACAAAGGCUUUGCUUACAUAAAUGCUGCACGAUUCCAGAUGAUCCGGCUGUUUUUUUUUUUUUUUGGGGGUUUUUUUUUACAAACUCCCUAAAAUAGCUUGGUGCUUAUUCAGGCCUUAUGGAACUCCCAGAUAACUAUCAGAAAAUGGGACUGUGAUGAAAUAAACGCGCUCAAAUAUACCAUUGUAUGGAGGUUCAUAAACAACCAAUUUAUUAAAAUUCAUUCUGAAUGAGAUAAUGUAUCAAAUAAAUUACAGCUGUAUGUAUUGGUUGUGCAUAAUAAAUAUAUGAACUUGACUGUUUUAAUA